UCUGCCACACAGGUAACCCAGGUGUAGUGGGCUUCUACAGAACCUUCAUGCAGACGAUUCACAGUAUGGUUGCAUACCACCACCCAGUGUGGGCCGUGAGCCACGCUGGCCACUGUGUACCACCAGACUCCAUGGAUAUGGUAGAAGAUGCCUCCUCAGCAGCAGAGGCUGACGUGUUCGGCCUGAACGGGCAGAUUGAACACAAGCUGGCCUUCCUCAGCAAACACGUUCCCAGAGAAACCAGCCUGGUCCUGGUGGGGCACUCCAUCGGCUGCUACAUCAUUCUGGACAUGAUGAAGAGAAAUCCUGAACUCAAGGAUAAAAUGUUCAGCCUGUACAUGUAUGAAACCAAUGGAUCUCAAAGCAUUAGCAAGAAACAGAAACUGACCUCCAACGCCGCAGAGCUGAAGAACCAAACCUACAUCUCCUCUGAGCCUCCCCUGCUCUAA